AUGGCAUCGCCCCCGGACGCAGCCCUGACGAUAUCGUCCACUAGCGUGUGUGCAGCCCUCAUCAUCGCCCGCUGCGUCUACCGUCUGGUGUUUCGAUGUCACAUCCACCCGACAUGCCAUCGUCGCUGGCGCAUCGACGACUUUUACAUGACCAUUGCCAUUCUGCCCCUCAUCGGUCGCGCUUUGUGUAUCCUGUACUCGUUCUACCUCAACCCGGAUCAUACCUACCAUCCGGCAACGCAGGCUGAGGCUGAGGCAGAGGGCUGGGGUGUGAAUGUGCAAGACUUGGACAGCGACAGGGAGCUUUCGCACAAGUUGCUACUUCCUGCACGAAUAUUUUAUGCAUUAUUUUUGUGGUGCUUGAAACUUGGGCUGUUGGCGUUUUAUUCCCGCUUCAUCGAUGUCUUUCGUUGGGGCAAGCUGGUUACGGAUGCGCUGUGGUGGUUCAUCAUGGCCACAUUUGUCGCUGUCUUGAUAACAAUCCUCGCCGAAUGCCGACCCAUAUCACUGAUGUGGACGCUCGAUUAUGACGAUAGCAUCAGAUGCAAUCGCGCCGUGGGCAACUUGAUCCUCAUGGCAGUUUGCAAUAUUAUCCUCAACGUCGCCCUCAUCAUCCUCCCUUUUCCAAUGCUGCGACACCUGCGACUCGAUCUCAAAGAGAAACUACAACUUGGCUUCUUGUUCAGCGUGGGCGCUGUGCUAGUUGCCAUCACCAUCCUCCGCCUUCCUCUAAUACUCAACCAAUCCGUUUCGCAAAGGUCCCGAUCAAUGUGGGCUUCAAUCGAGAUCCUUUGCGCAUGCAUAGUCGCCAACACUCCCUUCUUCUAUGCCCUCGUAAAGGACCUAAAAAGACAACACGACGACCGACCCGAGAGAUCACCGUCCAACGCUACGAACCCGAGCGACUUUUACGACCUACAAAGUCUACCCUCUUCAGCAGGCGCGCCGAUACUGAUACCGCCAACGAUAUCGCCUGGCACAUCGAAAUGUUCUAUCAAAUACUGCGAAAAUGUAUGA